UUCUGUACUGAUUGGUAACACUGGGGCAAGUACGCAGCUGUAUAAUUCUUGAAAUUUGAUGGAAUUAAUUUGUUCCUUGUUGGCUAAUACUUGCUUUGAUUAAGCGAGAAUUGUUUGUUUACAAAGAAAGUUACGAGCAGCUACGAGUAAACUUUGAGUCACAGCUGCAUCCCUAUUGUUUCACUUUAAGUGAAAAUAAGAAAAGUUUUUAAAACAACGGAAUUCGAAAGAACCUUAAAGAAUUUGCAUUCUUACAUGUUGUAAAUAAAGUAAUUGUUAUUUUAUCCUUUUUCUUAUUUUAAAAAAAUGACUUUUAUCGGAGCCUACACAACAUGUCCAUUUGACAAUGUACAUCAGAUCCUAGAUGGCAGACUUCAAAAACAUAUAUUUAAAUGUCGCCAGAAUUAUCCACAGAUCACUAAAGUAACAUGUCCUUUUGAUGCUACACAUAUAUUGGAUCCCAAUGUGUACAAGGUAAAUCAUCAUCUCUCAGAGUGUAGAAGUACCGGAAAUAUAAAAUGCUUUGAACAUUCAUUGGAGCCAGAUACAAAAGUUGGAACAAUUCCUAUAGAGGAUGCUUGUAGCAUUGAAACUGAAGUGCUCAAUGAAGACUGGUCUGGUAGUGCUCCAGCAUUUAAUCCAGUGACUACAUCAGAAAAUAAAUGUGUGAUGAGAUCAACAGUAGGUUCGAAGAAAAAAAGGAAGCAAUUUAAACUGAAAGAAAGAGAAAGAUUUCAUUUACUUCAAAACCACACCAACAACAAUAAAGAAGAUAUUACAAAUGCUAAACCGAAGCAACUAGAAUUGGAAACGCCACUACGAGUUCCUAAAGAGGCUGCUAAAGCAGUAACUUGCGAUCUAAAAUCUAUGAUUACUCAAAUGAGAGAUAUUUCCAUUGACAAAAGUGUCAAAAAUGUUUCACCAAAGAAAGGAUUGGAAGAAACCAUUUCAAAUAAUACUACCAAGGAAGAAAAUGAUUCUGUAAGUUCCAAAAAUUCUCAGUGUAAGAACAAGGACACCACUCUUCGGAAGGAAAUGGAUUCUUCCGCGACUGAACAAAGUACCUCUAAAGAAAAUAUUGAUACAUCGAUACAUGAUACCCAAAGUAAUAAUUCUAAAAAACAUGAUAAAAUCGAGGUUCAACGAGAUCUUUCGCAGCGAAAUGUUGUCAAAGAAAGAUCCUACCAAAUAAAUCCUAAAAUUGCAGCUACGUUCUAUGGUCAAGCAAAGAAAAUUAGUACUGGAAGAGGAUUUACAAUUGCGUGCGAAAAUUUGAUACCUAAGACAAAUAAAGACAAAAAUGAAAGUAGGAAUGAAACUUUAGAGGUGAUACGUAUAGCACGUGGGUAUCACGAUGACGAGAAUGACGAGGAAGAUACCUAAUUACAGAAUAAAUCAUGUUAAAGUAUAUAUACAUGUAUACAUCAAUAAGUAAUUAAUGACAUAAGACAUUAUAGAUUAUAUAUGCAGUAAUAUUAAAAAUAUGAAAUAAAAUAAUUUUGACCAGAUAAAUAUA